AUGGACUGGGCGGACGGCCUGCCGGCGGACGUGCUCCUGGCGAUCCUCCACCGGCUGGACCACAUCGCCAUCCUGCUGGCCGCCGGCGGCGUGUGCCGCUCCUGGCCCCGCGCCGCGCGGGAGGAGCCCUCGCUGUGGCGGCGGAUCACCAUGCGUGGGCACGAGGGGAUCGCGCGCUGGCUCAACCGGUGCGGCGUGGCCUGCGAGGCCGUCCGGCGCGCCGCCGGGCAGUGCGAGGCCUUCUGCGGGGAGUACGCCGGCGACGACGGAUUCAUCGUCUACCUCACCGAGCAGGCCCCUUCUUUAAAGAGCCUUCGCCUUAUUUCUUGCAAUGGUGUCACAAACGAAGGGGUUGCAGAGGCAGUGAAGGAGCUUCCUCUACUUGAGGAGCUUGAGCUAUCUCUAUGUGACAAUGUAGGUGGCUCUGAAGUCUUUGAAGUUGUUGGCGAAGCAUGCCCACAGCUGAAGCACUUCAGACUUUGUAAAAAACGUUUCGAUGUUACUGUGCGGAACAAGGACAACGAUGUCCGAGGGAUUGCAACUAUGCAUGGGCUACACUCCUUGCAGCUUUUCAGCAAUCUUCUCACCAAUAAGGGUCUAGAAACCAUCUUGGACAACUGUCCCCAUCUGGAGUCCCUCGACAUACGCUACUGCUUCAACAUCGACAUGGAUCAGACUCUGCUUCUAAAGUGUGCCAGGAUCAAUACAGUAAGGAUUCCUGAUGACCCGAUUGAUGACUAUAACCUCGAGGUUCAAAGCCCUAUCAGGACAUAUUGUUUCCGCUUUCGCUUUCGCAUUAGGUGA